UGUAUAGGUUUUCCCUUAAUAAUCUCAGUUUAGCUAAAUGCAGUGUGUGUUGUAUUUUGUGUUCUUUCGGAACUGCAGCUAGUGUUUACGAAUUUAUAGUUGAUUAGAUACUUAAACACUAAGUGCUCAUAGCUAGUCUAGCUAUAAUACCUCCAUUGGCUAGCACUGCACACAGAGACAUACACGAGAUGGUAGGCUACCACUAGCUAGCUGCCAGCUAGCUAGUUUGACACAUAUUCUGGAUUCCUGCUAAAAUAGCAUUCUUCAGUGAGUUUGGGACAAACUGGUUGCUAGCCAUCUAGCCAGUUAGCUAUCGAGCUGGCUAGCUAAGUUGCCAUUGAAGAGACGGUCCGAAUGGGUGUAGAGUCUGGCCAGUCUGUUUAGAGAAAUGCAGCCAACCCACAGAGAGGACAUUGGGAGACACCAGGCCAUUGCCCCAUGACCUGUCUCCCAUUCUCUCUUCUUGGAAAUAAGCUGCAUUCCACACAGGUGUUUGCCAGAGUUGCUAUGCAGAAGGUGUGGCCUUAAGCCCCCCGAGUGGCCAUGACUUCAUCCCUGUGGAGCCAGGAGAAGCCGAGCGGGGGCUUCCGGGAAGACUCGCGUUACUACAUGGUGGUGAAGGAGUGCACUGUGGAGAAGCCCCCGCAGAAGACCCUGAAGAUCCCCCGAGGCAGCAUCGGCCAGGCCUGCCAGGAGCGCAACAGCCUGGGCCGCUCGAUCCCGCCCAGCAAGGGCAAGAAGAGCCUGCGGGUCCUGGACCAGGCCAACGUGGUACUGAGCUUUGAUGAGAAGGACGUGCUGGAGCUGGAUGAGAAGCUCGCCGAGCUGCUCUUCCCUAUAACCAACUGCGAGGAACGCUACGGCCUGCUGUGUAACAAGCCCCGGCUGGAGCGGGCCCGCCAGAUCGACUGCGGCUCCAAGGUGCACGUGCAGCUACGAUCGGGGGACGACCCGCUGCCCGGGGUGGUCCGCUUCAAAGGCUCGCUCAUCCCUGAGAGGACCCUCUCUGGAAUCUGGUUUGGAGUGGAGCUACUGGAGGAAGGCCGUGGCCAUGGCUUCACGGAGGGCUCUUACCAGGGCAAGCAGCUCUUCCGCUGCGAGGAUGAGUGCGGCGUGUUUGUGGCCCUGGACAAGCUUGAGCUGUGGGAGGAUGAGGAGGAGGAGCUGGGGGAGCUGGAGGUGGAUCAUGUGAACCUUGUGGACCCCAGGGACGCAGACUUCCCCCAGCUGGAGAUCAACUCACGCGUGGUGGUGCAGACCAGAGAGGGUCCAGAGCGAGGCACCAUCAUCUUCUGUGACCUGCUGCCAGGCAACGAGACUCUGGGCUACUACGUGGGCGUGGACAUGGACAAUCCUAUCGGUGACUGGGACGGUGUUAUUGACGGGAAACUCCUGUGUAAUUUUGCCAGCGUAGAACACACGCGUCUUGUACCCAUCUGUGACGUAAUGCCAGAGUUCUCCUUGCCCAGCUUUGCGCCCAGAGGCAGUGGAAAUGGUGGUGACAAACCCUCAUCCACCCAGAACAAGCCAAAGAGCAAAGGAUUAGGUCUGCAGUGUGGGAAUAGAAGCAAGUCUGAGUUUUAUUACACUUUAAAUGGCAGCUCUGUUGAUCACCCACCACAAUCAAAAUCCAAAAGCACUUGGUACAUUGAUGAAGUUGGAGAAGACCCUGCCAAAUCCCUCACGGACAUGCCCCCUGAGUUCAACCAGAUGUCUCCGCCCUCGCGUGCCCAGCCGGCAACCUCGCUAUCCAAUGAUAACAAGUUCCACUCGUUACCCUUCAGCCUGAGCAGGAAGAGUGGCCCUAAUGGCAGCAUGAGCCACAGCCCCCUGUCGCUGUCUGUACAGUCUGUCAUUGGGGACCAGCAUGAGCCGGCUCCACUGCCCACUCCCCCAGCCCCCCGCAGCCCAUACGGCCUGGAGGUGGGCUCCCUGGUGGAGGUGAAGGAGAAUCCGCCCUUGUGUGGUGUGAUCCGCUGGGUUGGCCAGCCGCCUGGGCUGAUGGAACCGCUGGCUGGGCUGGAGUUGGAGGAGGAAUGUGUUGGCUGCACUGAUGGUACCUUCAAGGGCACUCGCUACUUCACUUGCCCACCGAAAAAGGCGCUGUUCGUCAAGCUGAAAUGUUGCCGGCCAGACUCACGCUUCCCCUCUCCGCACCAUUCCUCCAACCCCAUUGAGCGCUGCAACUCUAUCGCAUUCGGGGGCUAUCUGAGUGAAGUAGUGCAUGAAAACACUCCUCCCCGCACUGAAGAAGAUGGGCUGGAAGUCAUGGUGGGCAAAAAGAAGGGCAUACAGGGCCACUACAACUCCUGCUACCUGGACUCCACUCUGUUCUGUCUCUUCUCCUUCAGCUCGGUUCUGGACACUGUGCUCCUGAGGCCACGGUCCAAGACCGAUGUGGAGUAUUACAGAGAGACCCAGGAGCUCUUGCGCACAGAGAUUGUCAACCCCCUGCGCAUACAUGGUUAUGUAUGUGCCACUAAAGUGAUGAAGCUGAGGAGGAUCCUUGAGAAUGUGGAAGCUGCAUCUGGCUUCACAUCUGAGGAGAAAGAUCCAGAGGAGUUUCUCAACAUCCUGUUCAACCAUAUAUUACGGGUGGACCCUCUUUUGAAAUUGAGGUCAGCAGGACAGAAGGUGCAGGACUGCUACUUCUACCAGAUCUUUAUGGACAAGAAAGAUAAAGUAGGUGUCCCCACAAGCCAGCAGCUCCUGGAAUGGUCAUUCAUCAACAGUGAUCUCAAGUUUGCUGAGGCUCCAUCCUGCCUUAUUAUCCAGAUGCCUCGCUUUGGCAAGGACUUCAAGAUGUUUAACAAGAUCUUCCCAUCUCUGGAGCUGGACAUCACUGAUUUACUUGAAGACACUCCUCGGGAGUGUCGCAUCUGCGGGGGCCUGGCCUUCUAUGAGUGUCGGGAGUGCUAUGAAGACAGUGACAUAACCGCUGGGAAGAUCAAACAGUUCUGUGAAAAGUGCAAUACCCAGGUUCACCUUCACCCCAGGCGGAAGGCGCACCGGCAUGGCAAGCUGUCGGUUCCGAAGGAGCUGCAGGAGGGCGUGUGGCGGCAGGGCACUUUCCCUCGGCAGAGGAUGGAGCUUUUUGCUGUGCUCUGCAUAGAGACCAGUCACUAUGUGGCCUUUGUCAAGUACGGGGCUGCGGACUCUGCCUGGCUCUUUUUCGACAGCAUGGCGGACCGUGAUGGGGGUCAGAAUGGCUUCAACAUCCCCCAGGUGUCCCCCUGUCCGGAGGUGGGGGCAUAUCUGAAGAUGAGCCCCGAGGAGCUACACGCUCUGGAUCCGAAGAACAUCCAGGGCUUUGCGCGCCGGCUGCUAUGUGAUGCCUACAUGUGCAUGUACCAGAGCCCCACAAUGAGCCUGUACAAAUAGAGCUGCUGCAUCUCCACGGACACCCACACCGAAAGUGAACUACACAGGAGACCCCUCACCACCGACAAGCAUCUGAGUCCCUAUAUUCAAGGCUAAGGGGAGGAAAAAAAAAAAGCCUGUUGCACUGUGCAUUUGUUCAAGUGUCAUUCGUUCAUGUUUUUCUCAGUGGUGAACAAAAAAAAAAAAAGUGUCGUGUAGAUUCUCUUGUUUCUCAGUUGAGCAGUGUCCUGUAGGCCUUAGCGAGCAGCUUCGCCUCACGCUGACUGCCAGCAAAGCAGUGAGCCGCCUGAUGAAUAUUCACACUACCAAGCGGAAGGAGGUGAGCUCAUUCUAGAUGACCAGGUCUCCGAGACACAAAAAAACGGACUCACCUAAUGGGAGAACAGAGGGGUCAGUUGUUCUCUCAACUGGUCCCAUGCACCAGCAAGUCACUGAUUAACCAGAGAGGGGGGCUGGGUUGACACAGUCACAGAGCAGGAGUCUUUAUCCUCUUUUGAUCAGGGCUGGCCUAAAGGCAGCUCCGAGGAGUGGAAGGCUUCAUUGAAACUAAACCAUUAAAAAAUUGUUAGGAGUAAGUUGAAAGGCCUCUGCUUGUUAAAGGUCACGUAAGUCUUAAGAGUACCCUACAUUCUUACAAAUGUGUUCUGGGAUCAAUGGUGAAAGUUGAAACUGGGAUUGUUUGUAAUCAAGCCUAUUUUAUGCACUCUCUACAUGAUUGUAUUUAGCAUGUAUGAUUUAUUGUGAUUGGGAAAAAAAAACAUAUGUAACAUCCACUGUUGUCCAUAUUGAGUAAAGUAAGGUACAGUAAGGUCAGUGUAUUACACAUGCCUCCAAGGGUUUGGCAUGAGGUAAGGUUAAGACAGUUUACUAAACAGCUCAGUGUGACCUUUAAUCAGGCUUAUUGUAUAGUAUGUUUCAUUCCUCCAAGAGGAUGAAACUUGCAGAAUGUGUGAAAUCAUUCCACAACAGUGUGCUUAAUUAGGGAGUUACAUGGAAAAAGAUUUCAACAGGCUUUACAUAUUGGGAAAUUGCUAAGUAUGUUUUGUAACAUUUGGUCUGGAUGAGUGCUCUAAUAUGUUUCUUUAAAUAUGACAGUGACAGUCUACAGACAUAUCUGAUGAGGAUCAAUCCUCGAGGAGCACCAGCACCUAAGGAAUUAGUGCUUUAGGGGAGAAGUCCAGCCGUCAUGUUCUCAUGUCUCCCUCUAACUCAGUAAUUUUAAGGUUUGAUUUUUUUUGAAUUAAUGCUUAAUUUGGGAUAGCAUUUAA